AUGCUGGAAGACUGCACAGGCGGGCCUUAUAUAUGUAUCGAUGCGAGAGGGGGAGGAGUAGUGACCGAUAAGAAGCAAAAAGGUGGAAUCCGCGUCAGCACUCGGCCCCGAGCCCGAAGGCACCUGGCUGUGCAUGAGUGGAUAAUGAAGACAAAGCGAGUGUCACGGGAGAUACUUUCCGCUCUUCAUACUCCACUCAGUCCACUGGCUGUCCGCUGGAACCCUGCGCAGCUUGGGGGCGAACCGAGCAUGGCAGCUUACAAAGGAAGCUUGACUUGGAAAGGCGAGCGGAGCCCAGCCAGCCCCCGGGAUCAGAUAGCUGGGCUCGGCUGGAAGUGGGAGGGAGCAUGGAGCAUGGAGCAGCAGCAUGGCAGCUGCAGGACGGGCAGGGCACGGCAGGCCAUGAGACUCCCAUCCCAUCCCAUCCCAUCCCAUCCCAGGACUCAUGGGAGGGGACGGGAGCGGAGGGCAAGCGAGUCAAGGGGGAUGAAGGAGGGCGACGAGGAGUCGGCACAGGCUGUCUUCAUAACGCUUUUGCCAAUCUGGCGAUGGAUGAGGCAGGCCCGGGGGAAGGCGGGUCACCAUCAUAGUGCUGAAAGCCGUGUCACGACGCAUGCGCAGGGCACCCGUCCCACCGCGACUCGUUCGACGGGGGUGGUCGCCAUACGUGUUGACUCGGAUCGCCUUUUCCCUGUGGGCCAUCGCCACAUCGUUCGACCGGUGACCGCACCUGUCUAG